GUGUAGUUUUGGUUUGGUGUAAACUGAAUUUUCAAAGAACAUGAUGAUCAUGUAAAAGGUGUCCGUGUCGUGGAGGAUGUGGGGCCGUGCGCAGCUGUUCGUUCUGUUGUUGGCCUCUUUGACAGCGGCAGCUUCGCAGGACGAAGACAGCCAGCUAAAGGUCGGCAGGUCCAUCGACAUCUUCACCAGAUACGGGUAUCUCAGCCUUUCGAUGAAGGUGGUGGCCAAAAACGAAUCGGACUGGAUCUUCCGCGAACCGACCAUCGACAUCUUCAACGACCUGGACCGAUUCGCCACGCAUCCCGAUCGCGUCCCCAAGAAGCAGAAGCGCGUCUUCGAGGGCGACUUCCACAUGGAGUUCUGCGACAACUCCCGCCAACUCGUCCAGGCCUACUUCCGAGACUUCUUCUUCGAGAGGCUCGACCAGCCGUGGAAGGCAUUCACGUCCUCGUGGGCCCCGGAGACGUUGGCCCGGAACUUGGGCAUCAACUCGUCGUUCGUCCUGCGGGACCACUGCUACGUCCUGGUGCGGUUGUCCAGGUUCCGGGAUAUCGUCAAGCUGGACAGGAUUCCCAACAACAUAAAUCUGGCAGACGUGGUGGCGAAGGAGAUAGACAAGAUCCAGAUCGGAGACGUGGCCGGUGUUUUGUUGUUCAUUAGGAAGUACGGAUCUCAUUACAUUCAUUCCUACGUUACGGGAAACUCGUUGUAUCAGGUGUUCGUUUUCAAUAAAACCAACUAUCAACAUAUCAAAGACAGACUGAAAAAGCAAGGCAUUGCCCACAUAAGUAACUUGGAGCUGUCGCAGUACUUCAGCCCUUGGUACGCGGAACACAUGGGUUCCAUCAAGGUGGCUAGUGGCAACAGAUCGGUAGCAAACUGGACCUCCUAUAAACUGAGGAAUAACUAUUACAUUUUCACGUAUCCGUCAUUACUCAAAAUCCAUGGUGAUCCGAAAUUGUUAAGUAGACUCAACAACAUGCUGGGGAACGAGGCGAUUUUAGAAAUGAACAUGAAAACCUUGGCACCUGCUUUCAAGGAUCCAUUGAAGAGGAUGUGGUUUGAAGAGGUCUUGGACAAUUUUUUGAAAUUGUGGGAAAGUAAUUUAUGAUUUUAGGGUCUAAGUAACGAAAUGUGUUGAUACCGGUUAUGAAAAUAAUAAUUCACAGUCAAUCCAUAAUGAGAUAUUGUGAAGAGGAUAUAAUUAUUAUGAGGGUAUGUCUGAAAACAAGGCUAAAUAACCGAACCUAUAAGUUCAUUCCUUUGAAUGCCAUUCAAUGUCGAACUGAUUAUUGAAAUUAUAAAAUACCAAAGGAUCGGCAUAACACACCUGAAUACUGAAGUAAUGCUUCAAAACACUGAAAUUGAGAUAUGUAUAAGAUAAUUGUACCUACCUACCAUUACCUACCUACAAGAAUAUUUUCAGGAUUUCAGUUUCUGCUUGAUUUAUAAUUUGAUACCUAUAUAUAAUAUAGGUACUCAUCAAUGGCAUAUUGUCGAACGAUUUCUGAGAUGAAAACAUAGGAAGAAUAGAUACUUUUGAUGUGCCAUGACAGCUUGAACUUUCAUACUCGUUGUCACUUGACAGGAACUAAAGACUCA